AAAAUACAUUUACAUAUACUGGGUUCGUUACAAGCUGAUUAAAUGGGCUACUUUUCAUUGGGAUACCCUGUAUCAAACAACAUUACGAGAAAUGUUGAAAGUGACCCCCUCCUACUCAAAUUAUACUCAAAACCCUAUAUAUACUAUACCUAAUUUGAGCUAAAUAUCUCAAAAACUGCAGGAGCUCUAAAAAAGAAACAAAAAAAAUCUUGAAAUGUCAACACCCUGUAGAUCGGUAACCAAGCGUUUGAGAUCCACGUUUAUAUAAACUUUUAGUCAUAAAAUAAGCCAAAGAAUCACCCCCUUUCUGAUGUACACGAUGUUUAGGAACACUCUGUAUACCAAAUUUGAGUUAAAUAUCUCUAAAACUACAAGAGCUCUAAAGAAAAAAACAAGAAAAAUCUUGAUAUUUCAACACCCUGUAAAUAAAUAACGAAUUGUUUGUACCUAUAUUUAAACAUGGAAUAAGCCAAAGAAUCACCCACUUUCGCAUGUGCACCAUAUUUAGGAAAACCCUGCAUUUUUAUUACAUAAUAGUAGAGAAUUAUUUUUUCACGAUUGGAAAUCGAAAAAGAUAUUGUUUCACUUUUCCAAAUGGGCAAACUGUGUAAGUACAACCAAAAUGCGACUGCCAAGUGAGCCCUACAGAAAUCGUAGACGCGCAUCUUGCUAUAGUCACUAUUCCUCGUCGGCUCCAGAAGGACGUCCGUCGCGGUGCUGGGCGUCUGUUUGGCAGUUACGCGACACGCCGGGGCUCGACGACAAACAAACGGCUACAAACAAUUUAAAUUUUAUUGCCUCUUUUUUAGAUUGAGAUAGAUCUCUUAAUUAGUUCAGUUGUUGUUUGUUCGAAUUUUGGUUAAUUAGAAAGGUGGUUUGAAUACGAAUGUCCGUCUACCAAACAAACUAAAUUCAAUUGGUUGUUUCGGCAUUUUAAAUUACUAUUUUUUUAUUCGGCUUUGAACGUUCUAAAUUUAAAUCGGAAACGGACUGAAGCAAAAAUGGAUAAUUUGGUCCAAACCCGCACGAGAGUUUACAUCAGUUCCACGAUGGACGUAAAAUCGCGAGUACGGAAUUGGUGGAAGAAGCUGCGAUUGAAGAAUGCUUUCCAGCACAUGGGAUUGUUGGUGAUAUUGAUGGGAUACACUUUAGCGGGCGGAUUGAUAUUCAGGCACUUUGAGUAUCCCGCGGAAAUCAUCAGGACGGAAUACUUUCAUUCGAUGCUCGACAAGAAAAGGCAGGAUUUAUUAGAGCUAAUAGGGAAUAACGACACGUAUACGCAGUUAAGAGUAACCAACGUGUUAAUUGAAUAUGAUAAAAUACUGGAGGACGCUUACUUUGCAGGAAUUAGUGCAUAUCCUGAUGCGGGCGAAAUAGAGAAAUGGACUACUUUAAAAGCCGUAUUUUUUUCAUCCACUGUAUUAACCACAAUCGGAUAUGGACAUAUCGUCCCUAUGACCACAGAAGGUCGAGCAUUUUGUAUGGUGUUUGCCCUAGUUGGAAUUCCACUAACUUUGACUGUCAUAGCCGAUUGGGGAAGACUAUUCGCAUCGACUGUUUCGACAUUAUUCAGACAGAUCCCACCACUUCCUCCUAGAUUCAGAAAGGCGAUGGUAGCAAGAAGGACAUCUUCAUAUGCUCUAACAGCAGUCUGUUUCCUAUUCGUGUAUCUUGCAGUAGGAGCAGGACUCUUCGUUAUUUGGGAAGAAGAUUGGACGUUUUUCGAAGGAUUUUACUUCUGCUUUAUCACAAUGACGACUAUUGGAUUUGGAGAUCUUGUACCAAAACAGCCAAAAUACAUGCUACUCUGUACCUUAUACAUAUUGGUAGGGCUUGCCCUAACUUCAACGAUAAUAGAGUUAGUUCGUAGACAAUACGCGCAAUCUUGGAGGCAAUUACAAGCCCUUCGAGGGCCUCUAGCGGAUAAUUUCAGAAAGUUGGCGGAAAAUGCUCCGGGACUUGAUAUGCUGGCAUUUCAACAGGAUCUCAUGAAAGUCUUAACUGUAGUAACAAUGCCCAAAUUAGCCGGCAAGAGAGGCAAGAAAAUCAAAGAUAAAGAUUGGGAGAACGCCAUAGAAGCGGCGAUUAGAGAUCUCACAGCGAAUUCUGAUCACAAACCGCAACAGGUCCUGCAAAUUGUCAUCUACGAAAGUUCCGUCUAGGAAAAAUAUCGGAACUUAUUUAUCAACUUCCAUUUUUUUUAAAACGCGCUUUCAUCAAUGUCUCUUAUAAAAUUUACCACAAAAUGUUCCUAUACUAUUAUAUUCGAAUCUCCAAUCAAUUUUAGAGAAUAAAAAAUUCGUUU